AUGGAAGCAAAGCCUGCGGAAGAACAGAUCUCCUACGAUCAGGACACCGGAGAGGCCCUGGAUGUGCCGAUUUAUUACACAGGAUGGCGACUCCACGGAAUCAGCGCCUGGCUUCUCCUCUCUCUUUUCGUCGCACAAAUGGACACAUCGAUAACGAGUACGGCCAUCUUGACAAUCACGGAUCAGUUGGGAGGGUUCGAAAAAUAUUCCUGGGUCUUCACGGCAUAUAUGCUGUCCUUUUGCGGGUUCCAGCUGGUCUGGGCGAAGCUCUCGGACAUCAUCUCCCGCAAAACGGCCAUCAUCAUAUCGCUGUCGAUGUUUACUUUAUUCUCUGGCGCAUGCGCAGCAAGCCGAACGCUUAUACAACUGAUAAUGUUUCGUUGGAUACAGAGAAUUGGAGGCGGUGGUAUUUUCGCCCUUACGCAACUUGUCUUCUUCGAGCUGGUACCACCAAUUCGGUGGCCAUUGUAUGUCAGCUUAGUCACCGGUGUAGUGGCAUUAUCGCUGGCUGUUGGGCCACUAAUUGGGGGUGCUAUUGCUCUUAGGGGCCAGUGGAAGUGGAUAUUUCUAUUGAACGUGCCGACCUGUGGUACGGCUCUCAUAGGGCUUUUCGUCAUAUUCCCCGCAAAACUUCGAAACGAACCUUCGGCACAGGACGACUCCGGCUCUUUUACAAUCAAAUCACUCCGUCGAAUUGAUGUCCUUGGAUCGCUAUUACUUCUUGGAGCAUGUUUGCUCAUAUCUACUGGAUUACAACAAGCUGCUCUGGGCUAUGCGUGGCAAUCGUCCUUGGUCCUUCCUCUACUACUCAUUACAGUACCACUCGUCGUCGCCUUUUUCAUUUGGGAGUGGUAUAUCACUUCUCGUCGGGGGUAUCCCGAACCUGUGUUCCCCUGGCGCUUCUGUCAGUCUCGCAUAAGAAUCGGCAUGAUGUUAAACACCUACCUUUGGGGUACAGUCCUUAUGAUUUGCCUGAUCCAAAUCCCACAGCGCUUCAUGACGGUCUAUGGCCUGUCACCAUUCAACGCUGCCCUUCGGCUCCUCACUUUUGGCGCGUUCGUACCAGCUGGGUCCAGUAUCGCAGCGGCUCUGAUGGGCAAAUUGAAGAUUCCACCAUGUUUCAUUAUUCUCGCCGGAGCUGCCUUGCAGCUAGUUGGUGCAAUCCUUCUCUCGGAUAUACCAACCGAUACGGUUAUUCACCCCAGGCAAUAUGGGUUUCAGAUACUUUUAGGGACCGGUAUAGGGUUUGUGGCAUGCGGGCUAAUUCUGCUUGUGCCGUUCGCAAUGGAAAAGCGAGACCUUGCGGUGGGGACGGCAUCGAUUUCCCAAUUUCGUGUCCUUGGCGGUCUCAUCAGCAUCGGCAUCGCAACCUCGCUUUCCACUCCCUAUCUCCGCACCCACCUUACGGACGUGCUCCCUCCUGAGCUCGCUUAUUCUGUGCUCGAGAAGACAGAGAACAUGUAUUCGCUACCUAUAGAAGUGCGCGAAGGCGUGAAGGCAGUCUUUGGUAAGAGCUUCAAUCUGCAGAUAAAGAUGGUGAUUGGCUUUAGCGCGGCACAGUUCCCAGCCACCUGGUUGAUGUGGACGGGGCAGACUGUUAAUCCUGUGGGAUGA